GCUGCCGGAGGCUCACAUUUAUUAAGGCAGUCAAAGUUUGAUGGGUGUCAUUUCCUCAGCUGGUUAUACCUCACAGAGAUAGAUCAAUGGAUAUUUUACCUUUACUUUGUGUUGUCUCUGCGGCGUUUGCAGGUUUAACCAAAGGAGCUGGUGUGUUGCCAGACGGUCCUCUAAACGCAGCUGUUGGCGCGACAGUGAUGUUUACUACAACACUGACUCCAUCAGACAAACCAUUUCUAUCAGUGGUCUGGACAUUUGGUACUAAAAAUAUAAUCACUUCCAGUAGUGUAAACAAAACUGGACCAGAGUAUGAAGGCAGGAUCACCUUCUUCAUGUCUACUGGAUCUCUGGAGCUCAGGAAUCUGGCUCUUAAUGACAGUGGAGAAUACAGUGUGAGCAUCGUUCCAGAUGGAGAAUCAGUGGAGGCAGGGAGCACAACACUGAAAGUACUUGAGCCAGUCUCCAAUGUAACGGCAACUGCCAGCAGCACAGACUUGGUGGAGUUCAACAGCUCUGUCCGUCUGUCCUGCUCCUCCUCUGGAUCCUCUCUCUCUUUCCUCUGGCUGAACAGCAGCUCUGAGGUUACAGCCAGUGACAGAGUUCAGCUCACUGAUGGAGGCUCCAUUCUCACUAUAGUUAAGGUGACUCGCUACGACCAGGGACCAUUCAGGUGUCGUGUGUCCAAUCCUGUCAGUAAUGGCACCAGUGAUCCAAUAACCCUCUCCAUCAGCUUGCCAGUCUCCAAUGUAACGGCAACUGCCAGCAGCGCAGACUUGGUGGAGUUCAACAGCUCUGUCCGUCUGUCCUGCUCCUCCUCUGGAUCCUCUCUCUCUUUCCUCUGGCUGAACGGCAGCUCUGAGGUUACAGCCAGUGACAGAGUUCAGCUCACUGAUGGAGGCUCCACUCUCACUAUAGUUAACGUGACCCGCUAUGACCAGGGACCAUUCAGGUGUCGUGUGUUUAAUCCUGUCAGUAAUGGCACCAGUGAUCCAGUAAACCUCUCCAUCAGCUAUGGCCCAGAAAAUAUUAAUUUGACAAUAUCUCCAUCACAAGAAUAUUAUGGCAAAGGUUCAAACGUCACCUUGAUGUGCUCAGCUGUCUCCAAACCUGCUGCCCUGUUUCACUGGUUUCUGAAUGGAGACCUGCUGUCUGAUACUGGACCAGAGCUCAGACUGAUGAACAUUCAGAUGAGUCAGAGUGGGAACCACAGCUGUCAGGCCUUUAAUGACAAAACUCUGAGAUAUGAAACAUCUCAGCCUUCAGCUGUCUCUGUACUGGAAAGAAUAUCAGGUGCUUUUGUCACACCAACAACAAACCUGACGAUUGAGGGGAUCUCUGUCAACUUAACCUGUGAUGCUGCUGGCUCUGUCUUUACCAGAAAGUGGAUGAAGGAUGGCUCAGAUCUGACUCUGGCUGGAAACAUGAACCUUUAUGACAAGAACAAAGUGCUGUCUUUUAACAGCCUUAAAUCAACAGACACUGGGGAAUAUUCCUGUAAAAUCAGCAACCCCCUCAGUAACGAUGAAGCUAAAUACACCAUGGUUGUCUACUAUGGACCAGAAAACGUUCAAAUCGCAGGUCCAAGUGAGAUACAUGUGGGGGAGUCCUUCACAUUAACCUGCUCUGCUGAUUCCACACCAUCUGCUACUUACACCUGGAUACUGAAUGGGACAGAGAUACAUAAUUCUGCUGAGUUCACUAAAGACAACGCUGAUCUCUCUGACAGUGGCAGCUACACCUGUCAAGCGAUGAAUAGUAUAACUGAGAGAACAUCGACUGCAGUCCAUGGAUUGUCUGUAACAGUCAAACCAUCAGGCAAACCAUCAGGCUGUUCGGCUGGUUGCAUCGCUGGAAUAGUAAUCGCAGUUUUCGUCUGUGGAGCUGCUGGUGGGGGUGGAGGGUACUACAUGUAUAAAAAAAAAAAAUUGAGGAAACAUCUCUCUAAUAAAAACACUGCUACCAGAACGGGAGGUGAAGGCCAGAACAACUCUGCAUACUCAGCAAGUCAGGAGCUGAAUUAUGCAGAUAUCAGUUUCCAGAACAAAGAUGGUGGGAGAGUCCAGCUGGGGUUACAGAAUAACACCUCAGAAUACGCUCAGGUCCAAGUGAACAACAAUCCUCCUGCAGUGUCCUCCCCUCCUUCCUAUGAUGCCCACCUGCAGCGAACAAAAAGCCCAGCUCCUUCGCCUGAUGCUAACCCUGCUCAAGUUUACUCUCAAGUUCGCAAGAACUGACCACACUGCGUAGGAUGGAUCAUCUGGUGAGGUUAUACUGGAGAAGCAGCUGACAUGUGGUGAGAGAAACCUGCACGUUCCUCUCAGUUCCUUUGUAGAGGACUAAUUUACGUCAAAGCACUUUAGCAGUGGUUAAUAAACAACCAGGUAUUGCCAUUGCUGAGGUCAGAUGGCACAAUGCUGGCCUAUUAGCUUGCAUUCACCACAUAUUAUAGCUUUCUGUUUGUACAGUGCAACAGUCUAUGCAAAGUGCAGAUAUCUGAGGGGAAAUAUUCUCUGUAUGUGAUUCAGUUGUUUUGCUUGGACAUAAUGUUUGACCCUGGUGAGGUGUCAGAUUUGACUCCACGUGUAUACUGUGUGAUUCCAGUUGAGGUUACAGCUCGUCAGUUAUGGAUUCAUUUUCAUAUUUAUUUUAGCAUUUUAUAAAAUGAAAAAUAUGAUUUAUUUAACAAUAUUUAAUUUAC